AUGGUGUCAUGUGCCGUGCUUGAAUCAUGCGACUUACUCAGCCACACUGGCGAUGACUUUUUUCGAAGCUUCCUCCUCUUAUCCGUGCUUGAGCACAGCCGUGAUUUGGACAGCGACGCGAUAAGAGAUCAAACACCGGGUUCCGGCAUUGACUGGAUGCAUCGUGCAGGCAUGCUUUGUCGUUUGGCAUCGCCAAGUCGGGCGGCCACGAUCGCCGCCAGGAAAGCGUCGUCAAUAAAUAGUGCAAGUCCCAUCGCUGCUGCUGCUAAUGCUCAGGCCCGCAAGCAAUCGACUGCAGCGAGCGUGAAGCAGGAGCCGUUCAUGAAUGGCACCUCUUCCGUGUACAUCGAACAAAUGUAUGAGUCAUGGAAAGCGGACCCGAAGUCGGUGCAUGCGUCGUGGGAUGCGUACUUUAGAAAUGUGGAGGGUGGCGCUCCACCAGGGCAAGCUUACCAGGCUCCUCCUGCAGCUUUCGGAGCCGCUGGAGUUCCAGGAAUACUACCAGUUGCCGUCGGUGGUGGAUUCGCUAUGCCUCAACAUGCGCAAACGGCUAUGGUACCAUCGGUCGAAAUGCCAUCGUCAUUGCAGACUAUCUCAGAACACCUCAAAGUGCAACUUCUUAUCAGAAGUUACCAGACUCGCGGACAUAAUAUUGCCGAUCUCGACCCACUUGGCAUCAACAGUGCCGAUCUCGACGACACGAUACCACCCGAACUCGAACUCUCAUUUUAUGGAUUUGGUGAAAGAGACCUUGACAAGGAAUUCGUUUUGCCGCCUACCACUUUUAUUGGUGGCGAAAAACCAUCGCUCACGCUUAGGGAAAUUCUCCAUAGACUGAAGGAGAUUUACUGCACAACUACUGGCGUAGAAUACAUGCAUCUGAACAAUCUGGAGCAGCAAGACUGGAUUCGAAAGCAUUUCGAAGCUCCGGCUGCCACGAAACUAUCGCACGAUCAGAAGAAGGUCCUUUUCAAACGUUUGAUCCGUUCCACCAAGUUUGAAGAGUUCUUGGCCAAGAAAUGGCCCAGCGAGAAGAGAUUUGGGCUUGAGGGUUGCGAGGUUCUGAUUCCAGCCCUGAAACAGGUUAUCGACACAUCGUCUAAUCUUGGAGUUGACUCGAUUGUCAUCGGAAUGCCCCAUCGUGGUCGUCUGAAUGUCCUGGCCAAUGUUUGCCGUCAACCUUUAUCCACCAUUCUGUCACAGUUCUCAACCCUUGAACCCGCUGAUGAGGGUUCUGGUGAUGUAAAAUACCACUUGGGCGUUUGUGUAGAACGACUAAAUCGGCAGUCAAAUCGUAAGAUGAAGAUUGCUGUGGUGGCAAAUCCCUCACAUUUGGAAGCUGUCGAUCCUGUUGUUAUGGGCAAGGUUCGUGCUGAGGCAUUCUAUGCUGGUGACACCAAAUGCGACCGUACCAUGGCCAUCUUGAUGCACGGAGAUGCUGCCUUCUCUGGACAAGGAGUUGUUAUGGAGACGUUCAACCUUGAUGAUCUGCCAAGUUACACUACCCAUGGAUGCAUCCAUAUCGUUGUGAACAACCAAGUUGGAUUCACCACAGAUCCGAGAUAUUCACGCUCCUCUCCUUACUGUACUGAUGUUGGACGAGCCCUUGGAUGCCCCAUCUUCCACGUAAAUGCUGAUGAUCCGGAAGCGGUGAUGCAUGUUUGCAAUGUUGCUGCAGAAUGGAGAAAAACUUUCAAAAAAGACGUCAUUAUUGACAUUGUGUGCUACAGAAGACAUGGCCACAAUGAGUUAGAUGAGCCGAUGUUUACACAGCCUCUUAUGUACCAAAAAAUAAAGAAAAUGCCAACUGCUUUGGAGAAAUAUCAGGAGCAUAUCAUUAACGAGGGAGUUGCGAACGAUCAGUAUGUGAAGGACGAGUUGACGAAAUACGGACAAAUUCUCGAGGAAGCCUACGAAAAUGCGCAAAAAGUGACAUACGUACGCAACCGCGACUGGCUUGAUUCGCCUUGGGAUGACUUCUUCAAGCGUCGUGAUCCUCUGAAGCUCGUCAGUACCGGCAUCGAUGUCGAUCAGAUCGCUUAUAUCAUUGAUAAAUUCGGAUCAUACCCAGAAGGAUUCCAUCCUCAUCGUGGAUUGGAACGUAUUUUGAAAGCUCGCAAGCAAAUGCUCAAGGACAACUCGCUGGAUUGGGCCUGUGGUGAAGCGUUGGCCUUUGGUUCACUACUGCAAGAAGGCACCCAUGUUCGACUCAGCGGUCAAGAUGUGGAACGUGGAACGUUCUCGCACAGACAUCAUGUGUUGCACGACCAGACAGUCGAUAAGAAGGUUUACAAUCCAUUGAACGACUUGAAAGAGGGACAAGCAGAAUACACCGUUUGUAACUCAUCGUUAUCCGAAUAUGCUGUGCUUGGAUUUGAACUCGGUUAUUCUAUGGUUGAUCCUAACUCGCUGGUCAUAUGGGAAGCACAAUUCGGGGACUUUGCCAACAAUGCACAAUGUGUAAUCGACCAAUUUGUAGCUUCUGGACAAUCAAAAUGGAUCCGCCAAUCAGGAAUUGUAAUUUUGUUGCCUCAUGGUUACGAGGGUAUGGGACCUGAGCACUCGUCCGCUCGUCCAGAGAGGUAUUUACAGCUAUGCAAUGAAGAUGAUCAGAUUGAUCUGGAGAAAGUAGCAUUUGGAGGAACUUUCGAAGCCCAACAACUUCAUGACACUAACUGGAUUGUUGCCAACUGCACAACCCCAGCAAACAUCUUCCAUUUAUUCAGACGACAGGUGACCAUGCCAUUCCGUAAGCCAGCCGUAGUUAUGACACCGAAAUCUUUGCUUCGUCAUCCUAUGGCUCGAUCACCGGUAGAGGACUUCGCGACAGGAACUCACUUCCAGCGUGUUAUCCCUGAGGUUGGGCCACCCUCGGAAAAUGCUUCGAAUGUGCAACGGCUUGUCUUCUGUACAGGAAAGGUCUACUAUGACUUGGUCAAUGCACGCAAACAUGUAGGAAAAGAUGAUACAGUGGCUAUCUGCCGUGUUGAGCAGAUCUCACCGUUCCCAUACGACUUGAUCCAGGCUGAGUGCCAGAAAUACCCCGGAGCUGAGCUGAUCUGGUCUCAGGAGGAACAUAAGAAUAUGGGAGCCUGGACGUUUGUACAGCCUCGCUUCAACAGUCUGCUAAGACCAGAAAACCGUGGAAUCCACUAUGCUGGACGUCAACCAUCAGCUUCUCCAGCUACUGGCAAUAAGUUUACCCAUCUGCUCGAACAAAAAGACAUGAUGAGCAGAACGUUUGACGUACCUAAAUCACAAAUGGAAGGAUUCAAAGCAUAGUUUGGCUCGUUAGUUAGUACAUCUAAUUGUUUCCCCCUCCGGGUUGAGUCUCUCAUUUCAUAUGUUGUCCGUUUUUUAGAGCACUCAAGAAGUUUGUUAGCCUAGGAACUUUGUUUUUGAUAAUUCGUAGAAGUGUUUGGGACAAAAUGUUUCUGUUCGUUAUGUUACCCAUAGGGCACGGCUUUACAAUUUGCGCACAUUUUAUGUUCUUAGGUAAGGUAUUCAUCAGGUACCUAGGUUAGGUACUCAGUAUCGCUAUUUAAGAAUAGUUAGUCAUGCUUUGUCAUACUAUGAGAUUAUCAAGGCUUGAUGCCUGCGGAUUAUUAGUUUAUUUCACCCACUCCAGUGUGUUUGUGCAUGUUUCAUUGUCGAUCUUAUGCCGGUUCUUUAAUAAAUUCGCCAUAUUCU